GAAUCAAGGCAUGCCCCAUGAUCUUGGUUUUCGGUUGUCGGCAGUCACAGAUUGACCACAUUUACAAGGAAGAGACCAUCCAGGCCAAGAACAAGGAAGUGUUUAAAGAGCUUUACACUGCAUACUCCAGAGAGCCUGGGAAACCAAAGAAAUACGUCCAGGAUGUGCUUCGCGAGCAGCUGUCUGAAACAGUGUACAAGUAUCUGAGAGAAGAAGGAGGACAUAUCUACGUCUGUGGAGACGUCACCAUGGCUGGAGACGUACUGAAAACAGUCCAGCAGAUCUUUAAACUGCAUGGAAACAUGUCUCUGGAAGAUGCUGGCUUCUAUAUCAGCAAACUAAGGGAUGAGCAUCGAUACCACGAGGACAUUUUCGGUGUUACCCUGCGCACUUACGAGGUCACCAACCGUCUAAGGUCGGAGUCUAUUGCAUACAUCGAAGAGAGCAAGAAAGACACGGAUGAGGUGUUUUGCUCAUAGUCACAUUUUCCGUCCAUUUCGCUGGUUUUUGUUCACGCUCUAAUCAGCCAACCAGAAGCAUGAUGGGACACCGACCAUGAUUCACGAAAACUGUGCCAAGUUUGUUUGUUUAAAAUGUUCUUCUUUUUAAAUGGAAUAUUUCAUUUUCUUUGCUAGGUCUUGUUUGAUGUGCAUCUCUAUGAUCAAAAUCUGCAUUACUACAAGUACCUUUCACUUGAAUUUCUGAAUGCACUUUUUUAUGUGUCUUUAUGCUUUGUCCUGAAUAAUGGGCUGUGUGCACUUAGACAUGGCCUGCCUUUUUUUAACGUGUAAGCAAGAUUGGUGGCUUUCCUCGUGUGCAAACAUGCAUAAAUAUUGACUUUACUAUUAAGAGGUGAGACGUUUUUGGUUUGGUUAGUGAGUCUCGGGGGUUAUUGUGCACAUUUUGAUGAAAGACCAAGUCUCUAUCCAUGCUAAAAAGAGAGGACGUGCUAGUAUUUACAAAAGGUGAGUCUGUUUAAAAGAACCAAACAUGGACUAGUUCACACUGUCCUUGGCCUUAAAAGUGGGUUCAGAUCUC